CUCUCACCGCGCUUGCGCAGCUCGGGCUUGUGGGUGGGGGCGGGGCGUGGUGUAGAUCUGAGCGCGCCUCUCCAAGCGGAAGGGCGGCUGCGCGGCCGCCAGUCCGGCGCGUGCCCCAUUGGGGCCAAACCGGGCUGGUCUUCCGUGGGCCCCGCCUCCUCCGCAUUGCCUAGCAACAGAACAAAUGCUAGGUCUACAGGACUUUUCCUACCCCUUCCGGACCUGCAGUCUUGGGAGCGGACCUGCCACUCCGGCUGGACUCAGCACCGCGCUUCUCACCGCCAGGCAGGAACGCUCCUUCCCAGUCUGAGGAAAUGAUAGACUCCCCACCCGCCGCCAUUUGAGCUGAAGGAGCUGCCCCUAAGUAAAGCGUGGGCUAAUUCCAGCCACUUCUCUGUUAGGCCAAAGGUUUCCCAAGGAGGUAGGUCAGGGAGCAAUACCCCCACUCAUUACAGGUUGGGAGGGUUCGGCCAGCUGGGUAUUUGGACGGUUAUACUGUCCCUUCCUGUCCUCCAUGCCCCGGCGAGAACGCGCCAUCAGCCCUGGAGAUAUCUUAAGCUCCCUAGCUGCAAAUGGGGGCUGGGUGUAGUGAUCGAAAGUUAACUCGGGAAUGGAAUGCCACGCCCCCUUUCCUAUAACUGCAAUUAGAACAAUUGGCACUUUUUUUUUUCCCCCUGUUGUUUUUGGGAGCCGCCUUUCAUUCCAAAGAAUGACAGGUUUCUCACAGAUACAAAAAGUCAGCCAGUCCAGAAACUGCGGAGUCCCUCAAAGGAAUACUGAGUGCUUCCUGGAUACUCGCUGCACCCCCUCCACACACCCGCAGCCACACACACAUCCUGCGAGCUUCAGACCCAGGAAACAAAUUCAGGGUUGGCAGGUAGAAGAAGAUGCAAAAUGCAGUUAGUAUAGUAGAUGUGUUUUAUUUAGCGAUGGCCACAGUCUGCAGCUUCAGCUUCAGUCCCCAUUUUUACCCCCAUUAGCCCAGAUCACCCUGAGUCUUUCCCAUAGGCCCUUUUUAUAUAUGCAAAUCAAAGAAGGCACACUGCCAACAGGUUACAUGGGGGUGGAGGGGAGCAGGACUCCUGCUCAUAAGUUAAUGUUUAUGACCUUGAGUAUAAAAGCUGAAUCAGAGUGUUUCUGGCCUUGACUUACCAUUACAUAGUUGGUUUCUAGCCCUAGCUGCACAUUAGAAACAUAACAGCUUGCCGGAAGUCUCAGCUAGGUAACCUAACUACAGCCAUUUUGGGGCCUAGCCCAACACUGACCUAAAUUAAGUAAAAAUUAGAGCUCUUUCAACCCCAUUUCUGAGGUUUAUAAUAGCCCUAAAGGCCUGAGAUCACAGGAGCACUAGAUGUGAGAUUUGGAGAUGAGUGAUCGAUCACCUUCUUACCUAUUUCAGAUAUGAGUGUACCUUGAACUUCUCUGCAUGUCAAAUAACAAUGACUUCUGUAACUUUCUGUAUCAUAUUACUAUUUUUUUUUUGUAGUGCUGAGCAUUGAACCCAGGGCUGUGUGCAUGUGAGACAAGCACCCUAUCAACUAAGCUAUAUCCCAGCCCCAUAUUACUAAAUUUUGAGCAUAGUCACCAGGGUUUCAAAACUAAAAGUUCAAGUUUUAUCUUUGCAAGUAGAAUGACUGGCAAAAAAAAAAAAAAAGUGUAAAAUUUUAUUUUACAUGAAUUGAUUAAUUAUUUUUAUACAAUCUUAUAUUUGAAGGGCCUUUAUAAGGUCUUUUUAAAGGUCUUAAAGAUAAUGAAGUGGAGAUGUUAAGGAUUUCUCCAAAGUCACACAGAACUGGAACCUGGCCUUUCUAACUGACCUCACUCAGUGGUGGAGGUCAGAAGCACUGCAUUGCUUCUCUUGCAUUUGGUUUACAUUAGAAAUCUACUACACGAUGCUGGCCACUUCUGGCUUAGCCACUACAGGAUGCUGGCCACUUCUGGCUAACACUGCCUACUGCCACUAGAGCUUACAGACAAGUAUACAAAGCAAGUGUAUAGCACAAGUAUAAUGCACCUGCUGCCACUAGAGUUUGUGGACAAGUGUAUAGGAUCAAGAAUUCAUAUUGUGAUGAAUGAUAAGGAAAUUGAUGGAACUCUUCUAGGAUUAACUGUCAAUAUGGUGCUGUAAGAUGUCACUGAGUUUGACAUAGAAGGAAAAAGGAUUACUAAAUCUGAUAAGAUUUUGCUUAAUGGAAAGAAUAUAACAAUGUUGGUUCCUGAAGGAGAGGGACCUGAAGGAUGAAUGAUUUUCCUUGACUUAUACUAGAUUCCAUUUUGUUUUAUAAUAGAUUUUUAAAAAUCUUGAGUAUUUUUAAAAUAUAUAUUUUUUAAAUCUUUUAAUGUUUAGGUUCUCUAAGAAUAAUUUUUCCCAUUAAAGGGAAAUACUUUCAAGAUAUAUUGUAUGACCAAAUUUCUAAAGUAGUCAUAAUUUUCUUGGAAAAAGAACAAAUUAAUUCAGUUCCUUUUUUUGUAGUUGUAGAUGGACAGAAUGCCUUUAUUUUAUUUGUUUAUUUUUAUGUAGUGCUGAGGAUCGAACCCAGUGCCUCACACGUGCAAGGCAAGUGCUCUGCCACUGAGCUAUAGCCCCAGCCCUAUGAGUUUGGUUUUUUGAAGACUAAAAGGUAAAGACUUUUUGGUUGGAAAAAAAAAAAAAAGAAACCUACUUCAGAAUAUCUGUAUGGAGAAACUAAUAGAGGCGAAGAUACUUAGCAAAGGAUAAAGCCCUAAUGAGGUAUUUUGCUACUUUACUAUUAGUAAGAAGCCAGAUGUACAGUAGCCACAAAAUUCCAUUGUUUUAUCAACCAUCAUAAAUUUAAAGUUGCAAGAACUUCCAGAAUUUACUCCAAAAAGGCAUCUUUAAGUAUCUCGACAACUUAAUAUUGGUUUUCUACAAUCCAAGAAAAGGGAAAGGGUGUUGCUGAAAAAUUAGAAGUAUGAGAAUUUAAUUGCUAAACAGCAAUGAAAAAAAAAUCUACUGAAGAAAGUUUAGAAAUAAAAUUCAUAUUGUAACUGAAUCCUAUUCUAAUAUUAGGUAGUAAAUCAUGAACAACACAUUUCCCUGUUACUCAAACAUAUUGUUUACAUUCAGUCAUGGUGUUGCCUAAUCCAUCCAAGGAAGUUUGCAGGUAAAACUACGUUUAUGCUAUAAUGAAAAACACAGGUACGAUAAUUAAACCAAAUUUCUAUUGGACCUUGAAAAAUAAGCCUAAGAACUACUAAGAAAAAAGUUCAAGUUUUAAAUUUGGGAAUAUGUCUAUGUAAAUUGUUCUUCCAUAUCAUAAUUAAAAUGUUAUAUUUCGUUGUAUCACCAAAUUGCAUGAUCAGAUGGGAAAAGCCUGGGGGAGCACUCAAAGGACCCCAAACUACAAUAUCAUCUAACUUCAAUAAAUUUCUAACUUUUGUAGGUAG